AUGUUGAACUUUCCCUCAGCUGUCAAGGAGUGUGACUUUGUGGACCACAGUGGGGCAUCUGGUGACACUGAAGAAAUAAACGCAGAAGGAAAUGUGGAGGGAUUGUUGGCUGAUUUCAAACUUAACGUGGGCUUAAAAUGCUCCAACGAACAAGAGUCGUCCUUUGGCAGACUGAAGAAAGAGGAGGUGGAAGUGAAGGAGUUGGUUAACUACUCGAAAGACAUGUGAGUUGCCCUAUACUGUAAUACACUGAGUGGACAAAACAUUAAGAACACGUGCUCUUUCCAUGACAUAGACUAACCAGGUGAAUCCAGGUGAAAGCUAUGAUUCUUUAUUGAUGUCACUUGUUAAAUCCACUUAAAUCAGUGUAAAUGAAGGGGAGAAAAACAGGUUAAAGAGGGAUUUUUAAGCCUUGAGACAACUGAGACAUGGAUUGUGUAUGUGUGCCAUUCAGCGGAUGAAUGGGCAAGACAAGAAAUGUAAGUGCCUUUGAACGGGGUAUGGUAGUGUCAGGCGCACCAGUUUCUGUCAAGAACUGCAACACUGCUGGGUUUUUCAAGCUCAACAGUUUCCCGUGUGUAUCAAGAAUGGUCCACCAACCAAAGGACUUCCAGCCAAUUUAACACAACUGUGGGAAGCAUUUGAGUCAACAUGGGCCAGCAUCCCUGUGGAACGCUUUCGACACCAUGUAGAGUCCAUGCCCCGAUGAAUUGAGGCUGUUCUGAGGGCAAAAGGGGAGGUGCAGCUCAAUAUUAGUAAGGUUGAAAUGUUUUGUACAUUCAGCCUGGCCUCAAUGACGUAACAUAGUAAACGUAUAUCUGUGACACUCAAAUUAGUAUGAUAUGUACGGUUACUUAAGCAAGAGGGAGGGAGAUUGGGUGGCGUAUAACGCGAAUGUCUAGCAACCCAACGGUUGCGUGUUCAAAUCACAUCACAGACAACUUUAACAUUUUUGCAACUGCUUACUACUUUACAACUACUUAGCAUAUUAGCUAACCCUUCUCCUAACCUUAACCCUAACUCCUAACCAUUUAGCAGACGCUCUUAUCCAGAGCGACUUACAGUUAGUGCAUACAUUAUUUUAUAUUUAUCAUACUGGCCCCCCGUGGGAAUCGAACCCACAACCCCUGGCGUUACAAACGCCAUGCUCUACCAACUGAGCUACAUCCCUGCCGGCCAUUCCCUCCCCUACCCUGGACAACGCUGGGCCAAUUGUGCGCCGCCCCAUGGGUCUCCCGGUCGCGGCUGGCUACGACAGAGCCUGGAUUCGAACCAGGAUCUCUAGUGGCACAGACCACUGCGCCACUCGGGAGUCCUAACCCUAACCUUAACCUCUAACCCUAACCUUAACCCGUAGCGACUAGCUAACAUUGCCCAUCUAGCUAACGUUAGCCACAACAAAGUGAAAUUCCUAACAUAUCAUACGUAUUGCAAAUUCAUAACAUACUGUACGAAUUGCAAUUAGUAACAUGUUAUACGAAUUGUAAUUCGUAACAUAUCAUACGAAACGUUGUCAUUUAAAUUGACAACAAGUUCAAUGCAGUCCUCAAUGCAGGAGUCUGAACAGCAGACCCAGACGCUGGUGGAGCUGUAGGUGCUGGCCCAGCAGGUCCACUGGUAGAGACCGGCUUAAAAUAUAGGGGGGGGGAAAUACAGACAACACUAGAGUAUGGUAUCUAAUUUCAGUAAAUCAGAAAAGAGAAAACAUGUUGUUUUAGCUUAUAAGCUUUAUUAGUGUUACCUCCUGGGGGUGAAAUCCAUAGACACCUCUCUGAAGGACCUCCCUGAAACCAGUACAGUUCCACAAACACCAAUGACACUUUUUAUUUAGACACACCAAAUGAUCAAUGAAAUCCUAAAAUGUUUGACAUACUUAAAGGGUGUGAUUAGCUAGUAAUUCUCUCUGUCUCUCCACUUGAGAGAAUGCUGAGUGUCCUUUUAUAUUUAUUUAAUUAUGGAUUUACAAGGGGGUAACACUAAUGACAUAAAACUUAAGGACACAUAUUAUAUUUGUAAAAAAAUAAUAAUUUAAUAGCCUUCUUUGUUUUUAUUGAUCUAUACAAUAUAUGAAAUACUUUUAUUUACUUUCUAUCAUUCAAAAUAAUAGAUAGAUAUCUCUAAAUCCCCAAAACAUGUCACUACAACUCUACUCAUCACUACUGGGACAAGCCCAUUUGCUUUCCCUAAGUACUUUAAAGAAUGCAUAAAAAUAACGUUUUGCAGUAUAAAGGACUUACAUUAUGUUUUCACAUUGAUAAACAGUUCAAUAUCAACUAAAACAUGUAUAAUGUCUAACUAUUUGUAAUUUUAGGGUUGUAUUCAAUCCGCAUCACAGAAAUGCAGCUUCACAGCGUGAUUGAAAUGUAAAGACAAUGUUUUAUUUUACCCUAAUUUACCAGGACUUGGCAGAAACUGCAUUCACGCUAAACGCUGGAUAUGUCGACUCAAACGGAAAUUACCUUUCAAUUUAUUUAGCGGAAUCCGUAACGCUUCAGUGUUACAGAUUGAAGAGAGCCCUUAAAGUGUUUUUCAUGGUUGCAAAGGCAAGGGACGCAAAAGCCAAUGCAGUUCAAGAAUGACCCUCUAGAAAGAAGCCUAACUAUAACAUAAACAUAACAUGCCACUUAGCAGACGCUUUUAUCCAAAGCGACUUACAGUCAUGCGUGCAUAAAUUUUUGUGUAUGGGUGGUCCCGGGGAUCGAACCAACUACCUUGGCGUUACAAGCGCCGUGCACUACCAGCUGAGCUACAGAGGACCACUAACACCUUUAAAUAAUAUUUGCUCGCCCACUCUAUAUUUUGUAUAAUUUAUCUGGGUCCCUCCUGCAGACGUCUGGGACAUGACCCACCCUGUGAUCAAGCAGACCCGGGAGAAGCCCAGGGCAAUAUUAGGGGUGUUGAUGGAGAGGAUUAUGACAUCACAACCUUGCCCGGUCACAACCAAAGUCCGGAAGCGCGGCAAUGUAGGAGCCAACGUGAGCACCUGUGUGGCCCUGAGAGGGAAGGUAGGAGGAAAGAUUAACAAGCGUUCUACUGAAGUGAAUGAUGUUUUCAUCAUAUUUUCAUGAGUGGAAAAACAUAAUAAUGUAUAACUGACAACUCAGAUUUAGAUGAUCUCUGUUGUAAAAUAGAUUUUUAAUCUCAAUAAUCUCACUUUAUGAUAGCUAGGCCUACAUAAAUAAUGUAAAUGUCAAGACCAUAUUGACAGAUCACAGAUGUCUGUUCAGUAGUGGUAAUACUCACAGAUGUCUGUUCAGUAGUGGUAAUACUCACAGAUGUCUGUUCAGUAGUGGUAAAUGCUGUAGCCCUGGUUUCCCACAUAGAUCAUUUCCUGUUUUUGUCAUUAGAUCCACUUCCUGAAAAUGAAAUGGUGUAGUAGAGGUGACUGUCUGGGUUAGAAUCUGGGUCGUCUGUGCACCAAACGUCUCUGACUGAUUUGACAUUUUCUCCACAGGCCUCUAUGAAGCAGAGCGGCAGUACUCAGAGAGAUAGUGAUGUGUCACUGGUUAUUCCUGUAAAUACUGUCGUGGCCUACAGUCUGAUUGAACUCUUUGUCAAAUGCAAUGGACAGUUUGGUGAGGAAGUGUAUGGUUAAUCAAGUGCAAUGUCCCAGGUAUAGCUGCAUGGUUAAGUACCAUGGUAAAGUACACAGCUAGCUUAUGUUCCUCAGUGUGUAUGUGGUACAGCCACUGUAUCUGUCUGUGUGUGACUGGUUAUGGCUGUUGUCUGCUCUUGUCCACAGAGCUGUGCCUCUUCUCCAGCAAUGGGGGCUUUGAAAAGGUUAGGUCAAAUUAUGAGUUUGAAGAGGAUGGAAUUAUGGACCUGGUAUGUGACUUUGAUGCCAACAGCCCCCUAAAUCUGAAGAAAGGUAAUAAUGCCAGUGGAGGCUAAUGUCUCCUGUCUAGUGGUCAACAUGUAGUCUACUGAAUGGAACGUCUGGUCAACAUGUAAUGUAGUCUACUGAAUGGAACGUCUGGUCAACAUGUAAUGUAGUCUACUGAAUGGAUCAUCUGGUCAACAUGUAAUGUAGUCUACUGAAUGGAACGUCUGGUCAACAUGUAAUGUAGUCUACUGAAUGGAACGUCUGCUCAAUAUACCACACUUUUGAUAUAUAAAAAAACAUUGAUCACACUUUGACAAAGUAACAUGGUUUAUCUGUUGUUUGUGUGUUGACAGAACUGGAGAAAACUGAGUGGUCAUUUCCAGCUGCUGUCAGCCCUGCCAGCGGCCACACGCUCCUCUCUGCUCCAGCUCCUCAAGACAACCAUGGAGGAUGGAGAGGCAGUCAGUGUGCUGGAGAGUGUGGUGAGUGGGACGUACAGAAACACGGGCCAAACACACACACACACACACAACUAAUGGCAGGAAUGAAUAUAUCAACCAGAAUAUCUGUAACAUACUCUCGGUCUUAAAUGUACUCUCUUUCUCUCUCACUCUUCUCCCCUCUCUCCUCUCUCUCUCUCUCCCCUCUCUCUGUCUCUCUGUCUCUCUCUCUGGUCACAGCUGGAUCAGAAGUGUGAUGGUGAGACUCCUGACCUGGGUGAUCUGGAAGAGUCUGAGAGGGAGACAGUCCAGGCCAUACUGGAUGUUGUAGACCAAUGUGUUGGGGAGGAUGAGAUCAGAUCCUCACUUCUCACUGCCAUCCACCUCAUUGUCAGUGCCAUGGACGGUGGGAUAGAGAGCAAUUUUCACAGGAUUCUGUGUUAUUAUUUGAUCAGUUACUGGGAAACUAGGUUCACUACUGUGGUUUUAUAUGUGUGCAUAUUUAUUUCUUCAGGAAUGACAGAUGACGGUCUCUCUGGGUUGGGAUCCUGUUGCAGUCCUCCAGUCUUACAGGCCCUGCAGAUCCUG